CACGUCCCUCCCCUCCUCAUCCUGGUUAUCAUGGCGAUGCUGAGUUCCUGCAGGAUCCUCUCUACAGCCGCGCACCACCCGGGCUUAGCUGCGCUCACUGCCCGAGCUAGCUCGGUAUGGUCCCAUGUAGAAAUGGGACCCCCCGACCCCAUCCUUGGGGUCACUGAAGCUUUCAAACGUGACAACAACCCCAAGAAAAUGAACCUGGGCGUUGGGGCAUACCGUGAUGACAAUGGCAAGCCAUACGUCUUGAGCUGUGUCAGGAAGGCUGAGGCCCAAAUUGCAGCUAAGAAAAUGGACAAAGAGUACCUCCCCAUUGGUGGUCUGGCAGACUUCAACAAGGCCUGUGCAGAGCUGGCACUAGGAGACAACAGUGAAGUGAUCAAGAGUGGAAGGUAUAUCACUGUGCAGACCAUUUCUGGAACUGGAUCACUACGGAUUGGGGCUAACUUUCUGCAACGGUUCUACAAGAACAGCCGAGAGGUCUACCUACCCAAACCGUCCUGGGGCAACCACACACCUGUCUUCAGGGAUGCUGGCUUGGAAGUCAAAAGUUACCGUUAUUAUGAUCCAAAGACCUGUGGCUUUGAUUUUACUGGGGCACUAGAGGACAUAUCGAAAAUUCCAGAACAAGCUAUCAUCCUGUUUCACGCUUGUGCGCACAACCCGACUGGGGUAGACCCGAGGCCUGAGCAAUGGAAGGAGCUGGCGAUGAUGGUCAAGAAAAGAAACCUCUUCCCAUUCUUCGACAUGGCUUACCAGGGUUUUGCAAGUGGAGAUGCUGACAGAGAUGCCUGGGCUGUGCGCCAUUUCCUUGAGCAGGGGAUUAACAUAGUUCUGUCACAGUCCUAUGCCAAGAACAUGGGGCUGUAUGGUGAGCGUGUCGGUGGAUUCACGGUAAUCUGCAGCGAUCCCGAUGAAGCGAAGCGGGUGGAAUCGCAGCUGAAGAUCCUGAUCCGGCCCAUGUAUUCAAACCCACCAAUAAACGGAGCCCGUAUUGCUGCUGCCAUCAUGAACACAGCAGAGCUCCGAAAAGAGUGGCUCGAGGAGGUGAAGGGCAUGGCAAACCGCAUCAUCAGUAUGAGAGAGCAGCUGGUGUCAAACCUGAAGAAGGAAGGCUCAAUCCAUAACUGGCAGCACAUCACCGACCAGAUCGGCAUGUUCUGUUUCACAGGGCUCAAACCCGAACAGGUAGAGCGGCUGACGAAAGAAUUCUCGGUUUACAUGACCAAGGAUGGUCGAAUCUCUGUGGCUGGAGUCACUUCCGGCAAUGUCGGCUACCUUGCACACGCCAUCCACCAAGUCUCCAAAUAAAACAGCGAAGGAAGGGGAAGACCCGAGAGCGGGAAACUCAGCUUUCAACCACAGCCAGAGCCAGGAGUAUUUUGUUCAGAGUUUAGCAGUCAGCUACUGUUACUAUCUGCCGGAUGUUCAGUACAGAAAGGUCCAGUGUGAGGAUGGGGCUGGUAUACAGCCUUCCAACACUUCAGGGAGUUUAUUGGAGAGUAUACGGCUGGCUAACUGAGAUACUAACUCUUUCGGUGACUGCAGCUCUGAAUUCCCUCUGAAUCCACUAAAGAUGAGAAUUUUAGGGUCUACUUUGCAAAUUAGCUGUGGCUGAAUAAAACACCUGCUCCCUUCCCUACCCUACCCUUCCUCAAAGACUCUGCCUUGUAUAACUGACACAAGUAAAAUUUCCCUUUGCGAUUUGUCUAUCCCAAGCCCCUGUGCUAACUCCCUCUCUCUGUUCCUGUCUGAUUUGCUUUCAUCACAGCCCUCAGAAUGAAUCAGUCACCUGCCUGUUUGCGUUUGACCCCUACUAAUUCUCUUGUUAGGUCCACACUUACUGUCAGCAGUGAGUAUUGCCUUCCUACAGCUUGCUUACUCCAUAAUGCUUUUAUCAGUAUCACGUCAGGCACUCUCCUAUGUUACGUAGGUGCAAAGGUCUUUGCUUUGAGUCUUUGAGGCUGGUCAGUUGGCUUCACAUUUGUUCUUGCAUUGGUAUCGGUCAUAAGGACUGACCCAGAAAUCGUGCGAUCAUGCUCUGUGUAGGUUGUAGUCUGGAACUGCAACAGAGUCUUAUCAUGGUAGAACUGGUUAGUGGUGUGUGGUUGACCAAAUGAAAAUGUUUGACCCCGCACAUGCCAAAAGGCAGCGCAGUACUUGAAGGUCCAGGGCUCUUCCAGCCAAAUGGUACAUGGCUGUGGUGGCAAGCUCAGAUUUGCUGCACAUUGUUAAAUUCUGUUUCCAAUCUAGGCUCUUAGAAACCUGUACUUAUGCCUCAAUAAAAUGGUUCCUUUAAUGAUCAGUACCAAUUAA